CUUUUCCUGAGUGACCACAUUUUCCGAUCCUGAGUGGCCACAGCUUCCAGAUCCUGUUCCUAAGUGAUCACUGCUUCCAGAUCCCGUUCCCAAAUGACCACCGCUUCCGGAUCCUGUUCCUGAGUGACCACGGUUUCCAGAUCUUGAGUGGCCACAGCUUCUGGAUCCUGAGUGGCCACAGCUUCCGGAUCCUGCUCCUGAGUGGCCCCAACUUCCAGAUCCUGUUCACAUGGGGGAUGAAAACCAAACCGGGAUGAUCCACUUCCACUUCCACCCCUUCUCAGCGGUACCCGGCGUGCAGAUGCUGAUUUUCGUGGCCUUCCUGCUCAUGUACCUGGUCAGCGUCUUGGGAAACGGGACCAUUGGCCUGAUCAUCUGGAUCGACCACUCCCUCCACUCUCCCAUGUACUUCUUCCUUGCCAACCUGGCAGCGCUGGAGAUCUGCUACUCCUCCACCAUCGCCCCCUUGACCCUGGUCAACGUCCGGUCCAUGGGGAACAGCUUCAUUUCCCUCCUGGGCUGUGGCACGCAGAUGUUCUUCUUCAUCUUUCUGGGUAGCUCUGACUGCAUCGUCCUGGCCGUCAUGGCGUACGACCGGUUUGUCGCCAUCUGCCAACCACUGCGAUACACCCUCAUCAUGAGAUGGCGGCUGUGUGUCCAGCUGGCGGCGGGGUCCCUGGCGCUGGGGUUCACGCUGGCCGUGCCGUUAACGGUGCUGAUCUUCCAGCUCCCAUUCCGCGGCAACAGUGAAAUCGGUUUCUUCUACUGUGACGUUCUCCCCGUCAUCCUGUUGGCCCACGCAGACACUCGAGUUCACGAAGCUAUCGUGUUUGCGGUCAGUGUGGUGGUCUUGACCAUUCCCUUCCUGCUCAUCACCGCCUCCUAUGUCUUCAUCACGGCCGCCAUCCUGAGGAUCCGCUCCGCAGAGGGGAGGCGUAAGGCAUUCUCCACUUGCUCUUCUCACCUCACCGUCGUCCUCCUCCAGUAUGGUUGCGGUAGCCUCAUCUACCUAUGCCCCAGCUCCAGCUACUCGCCGGAGAGAGGCCGGGUGGUGUCUGUGGUUUACACCUUCAUCACGCCAGUGCUGAACCCAGUGAUCUACGGCCUGAGGAAUCGGGAGCUCAAGAAUGCCCUGAAGGGAGCCCUGAGGAGGCAUCUGCUGCCCCGUGUGAAGUGAAAGACUGGCCUGAUAAUAGUGUCUCUUUUCAGGAAAAGAAUUAGAGGGACCAGCGGGGCGGGAAGAAGACUGGGCCCUUUGGCUACCGGUGACUAGGCUGUAAUGGACUUCGUGGCCUUCGGCACCAGUGUUUAGGGUGAUUGAGUGAGGAAGAAAAGAGAGAGACUUCCACCUCGCGAUGACCCCUCUUCCAAAGCUUGAAGGGUAGGGGGAAGGGGGAAUGGAGCAUGCUGAAGUUUCAGAGUAAUCAAGGCUUCCCAGAAGACUGCUUUCAUUGACAUCAUCACCAUCACCACCUCCAUCACGGCACAAAAAAUGUCACGCAGGACUGGAU